AUGGCUGCACUGUCACGGGGUUGCCGCGACACCAGUAUGGCUGCACUGUCACGGGGUUGCCACGACACCAGUAUGACUGCACUGUCACGGGGUUGCCACGACACCAGUAUGGCUGCACUGUCACGGGGUUGCCACGACACCAGUAUGGCUGCACUCAGAGGUAUCGCGGACGCCAUGCCCCUGUCGUCAGCCAUCUUUAAGAGUGAACAGCGUAACCCUGUGCCCCAGUGUCCUCCACGUCUGGACGUUCAGACCAUCGUAGCAGUGCUGUGGAGCCGUAUGCCAAACACCUUCCUCACCGUGGAGACCGCCAGGGUCUCAGAGAGACACGGCUGGGUGGUGCAGUGUCUGGAGCCGCUGCAGAUGAUGGCUGUUCAUAUACCUGAGGAAAACAGGUGUCUGGACAUCCUGGAGCUAUCGGAGAACGAGGGUCUGAGGAAGUUCCACUACCACACCCUGAUGCUCUACUGUGCCCUCUGCGCAUUGGGCAACACCCGCGUGGCACACGCCCUCUGCUCCCACCUCGACCAAUCACAGCUGCUCUAUACCAUCGACAACCAAUACCUGUCCGGCAUGCUGAGAGAGGGAUUCUAUAAUGUUCUUAUGAGCAUCCACCUGGAGACAGCGAAAGAGGCUCGUCUGAUGAUGAACAACGAGUUUAUCAUCCCCGUGACCGAUGAGACGCGCUCCAUCAAGCUGUUCCCUGACGAGUCCAAGAGACACUCUCUACCCGGGGUAGGCCUCAGCGCCUCGCUGAAACCACGCCUCAACUUCUCCCCUCUCUCCUUCAUCACCACCAAGAAACAGCAGCACCUCUACAGUCCCCAGAUCCCCCUGGGCACCCUGAAAGAGAAGGCCAUCAGUAUGCUGACUGAGGCGGUGCAGGCAGGAGGCAGUCACAUCAGAGACCCAGUAGGAGGCAGUGUGGAGUACCAGUUUGUCCCCAUCCUCAAGCUGAUCGGAACCUUGCUGAUUAUGGGGGUACUCACCAGCGAGGAGAACCUCUUAGAAGUGUUCAGUUGGGUUGAGAUCUGGUGA